CACUUAAAUCAUAUUAGUACAAUGUUAUUUGCUCUGGCAAAAUAAAAAACUGUUGCUCUAACUUUGGGUUUUGCCACAAAGAGAUGACGAUGCUGAUAUGAAUUCCUCUUCUCCUGCAAAUUCUCCUUCGUUGUGUUCAAAUUUAUCUUUGUGACUCUGAGUGGAAAGACAAGUACAGUAAAUUGAAAGAUGGCUACACAAAGCUUGAAGAUAGAAGAAAUGCUCUUCGUAGAGGUCUCUCCAUUUACGAGGAACAAGUCUCCAAAAUGCAGGCAGAAAAUUUGUCUCUCAGGAAAAAUCUUGAGGAUGAGAAAGUUAGGACAAACAAUGAGGUGGAGGAAAAAAUAAAGGAAUCUGCUUUAAGGGUUUCUUUAGAGAGUGAAGUUGCUGGGUUGAAGAAUGAGAUACUUCCCUUGAAGAAAAAAUUGGUGGCUGAUGAUGGUGGUAGAGAAAUUAGAGAGCUUAAGGAGCAUCUCUCCGAGAGGGAAACAAAGAUAAAUGAACUAAAGGAGCUUGUUAAGAAAGAACGAGUGAGAGCAGAGUCGGAGAAAAAGAAGGCUGAGUUGGAGAGGAAAAAGGCAGACGACUUGAGGACGAAAUUGAAGAUUUUAAAAACAAGGGCUAAUGAAGAGAGGAGACUUGCUGAUACUGAAAGGAAAAGAGCAGAAGUAAAUAGGCUUAGUUUGGAAAAUCUGAAAAAGGAAGCUGAUCAAGUGAAAUCGAAGUUAUCUUUGGUUAUUUUUGAGUUUGAAGAUGCUAAGAAGAAGCUGGAGGCGGAAAGAGAAAACACAUCUAAAGAGAGAAAACGUGCAGAUGCAGCAGGGAUGAAAACUGUAGAGCAAAAAAAGAUUGCAGAAGCCAACCGCAAAAUGGCCAUGAAUGAAAAAAGUCGUGCUACUGCUCUAUUUUGGCAGUUGGAACAGGAUAGACAAAAGGUUGACAAUUUGAAGAAGGAGAUUGGUGAACUCAUGGCAUCUGGUAAAAUGGCUAACAUCGUAUCUAGUGAAGGGACAACUGUAGGAACUGCUCAAUUAUCAUCUGAGCUUGGUCCAGUGGCAGUGGAUAGAGAUGUUACCAUGGUAGAUGUUGCUUUGAAUUCUGAUGCAGCCCAAAGAAAGCUCCAGAAAAUGGAACUUAGGGUUGUGGAUGAGAAAAAGUGUGUUAAAUCAGAGAUGAAAAAAGUGGAAAAGCAAAGAAAGGCUGCAGAAGCAUAUAAAAAGAAGGCAUCUGAAGAAAAAGAUCGUGCUGAUCAGCUGUCUGAAGCGGUUGAAAAUUACAGAAAACAGGUUGAAGAACUGCAGAAGGAAAUUAAAAAGCUAAUUUCUACAAGGUCAUUAGCUGAUUGUCCUCUUCACAUGUCUGAUAGUAAUGUGCAUGUUGAAACUGGUAAAGUUAAGCUGUUGAAGAAGCAAUUGAAGUUUGAAAAGAAGCUGGUGAAGCAUGUCAAAAAAGUAGCUAAGUUAGAAAAAGCUCAUAGUAAUGAUACUAUACAACAGCAAAGCCUACUUAGCAUAAAGCAGGAGGUUGUUCACUUCUUAAGACGUCUAAAUAUGUUGGAUGGUUGCUUAUUUCAAGACGAUGAGCAUGACCUGGAAAAGGUUUGCAGCUUUAACUUGAAAAAUAAUUAUUCUGGUUUGAAAGCUCGUGAUAUGCACCGCCAUCUUGGGAAUGACUCGAUGAAGUUAGCUGCUGUAGUGUCUGAUCCAUCCAAGCAAAAGAUAAAACGUAGUGUACCUUCGCUUCCUAUAUGUGGAGGGAACAACCCUGAAUCAAUGUCAGGCUAUUGGUGGGCUCACAGGAAAGAUGUGCUUCUAUCUCAUCAUCAGCUAAAUCAGCUGAAGGAAAAUUGGACAUAGAACCGACCAUCUCAAGUUUAUCUGGAGAUGCAAGAAAAAAGUGCAACGAGAAUGUUGUAGCAAUUGCUGAAA